AUGUUACUUUGUGGUUCUAUUCUUCAGAAAUACAUUUCUCUUUUCAAGUCUUUGGUUUGAUUUAUUUAUUUAUUUUUUCAUUGUGUGCACUUUAAUUAAGUGAACACCAUUCAAACAUCUUUAAUGAGUUACUCUUUUUCUUUAGUAGUUUAGCUAGCAUGACAAUUGGUUUACCGUUUAUCUCACAAAAGGCGUUACAUGUCACUGGGGGCCUGUCCAGGUUGCUAUCUCUGAGGUGUGUCGGGUGUGUCCGUUUACUGUUCUACAUAUAAAAGCCUAAAGCGUUUCUGUUGGUCAAGACAACUUCAAACAGAAAUCCAACAGACAAGAUGACCAGUCUUUCUGCUAAGGACAAGGACACAGUCAAAGCCUUUUGGGCUAAUGUGGCUGGAAAGGAGGAACAAAUCGGCUGUGAUGCUGUCUCCAGGAUGCUGACAGUGUACCCUCAGACCAAGACUUACUUCUCCCACUGGAAGGACCUGCGCCCCGGCUCUGCCCCGGUGAGGAAGCACGGAGCAACCGUGAUGACUGCAGUUACUGAUGCUGUCAGCAAAAUUGAUGAUCUCACCGGUGGUCUUCUCAGCCUCAGUGAGCUGCACGCCUUCACUCUGAGAGUGGACCCUGCUAACUUCAAGGUUCUUGCUCACAACCUCCUCGUGGUCCUGGCCACUGUGUUUCCCAACGAUUUCACUCCUGAGGUCCACGUGGCGAUGGACAAGUUCCUGGCUGCUGUGGCUUGUGCAUUGUCUGAGAAAUACCGUUAAAGUGUACACAGGAGCAGAUGACUGACAGCAGCAUGAGAUUGAAUUCUUACUGUCAAACUGAAUUUGAAUAAAAAAGGAAACAAAUCCAAUC